AAUGGCACCGAUGUCGAGGCGCACAAUUCUUACGGGUUGACACCUCUGCACCUGGCCGCGUCGCUGAGCGACAUGGAGUCAACGAAACUGUUGCUGGAUCAUGGGGCCCAGCCAAAGCCCGACAGUUGUGCCAAAUUUCCACCACUUAUGUUCGCGGUAGCUGCCAAGUGCAAGCGCCUCGUCCAACUCUUCAUUAAACACGGCUGUGAUAUCGACGAAUCGGUCGAUCAGAGCUUUGGAUACUUGCAUUACUGGACCAGGCACAACGACCUAGAGAUGGUAAAAUUUCUGUCGGAGUGUGGUGCAGACAUCAAUAAUUUGGACAGCGACAACUCAACACCAUUGUGCAUAGCUGUCAGAUACAAAAAUUUGGACAUGAUGAACUUUUUCCUGGAGAAGGGAGCCUGCGUCCACGAUAAAGCCAAAAUGGGCCACUCGGCUUUGUUCGAGGCCCUGUACUUGAACGAUGAGGAUAUAUUCAGGCGACUGUUACCUUAUACCGAGAACUACAACGACAUCAACAGGGAUGGGGAACACAUUCUGCUCGUCGCCACGAAAAAUAGUCAACACGGCAUUAUGCGUCUACUGUUGGAGGUGAAAGUCGAACCGGAUGUUACCUGCGACCUCUUCAUGACCCCAUUGCACUACGCUGUGCGCAAAAACGACUACACGGCGAUACUGCUUCUGUGCGAGUACCAAGCCAACGCGUGUGGUUCGCGCAGGCCUUCGUACUUGACUCCAAAGGUCCGUGAUAUUCUUGUGAACGACGGAGUGCUGGAUCGUCGUCGUAGCUUUGACGAAGAGUACGAUAACUUGACCCCAUUUGAUUUUGCAAUUAUUUAUAAACGCGAUUGCACCGACAUACUGUUGGCUUCCAUUCACACUUGGGAUUACCAUGCAAGUUGUGAUAUUUUUUUAAAACGCUAUUACACCAAUAGCAUAAGGUUCCUUCAGUUUUACGUGAAAACCAAAGUUGCUGGGCUGACCGCUUAUGCAGGGUCCCAAAAAUCGAUGCUAAGGUCGAGAAUGAUUGUAAAUUACGAGAGCGUUUGUCAGACGGAGUUGGAGAAGAUGAAAGCAGAAAAGCUGUUGGCUAACGUUUCGUACCACGACUUUAUAACCAGUCCAAAGGAUAAGCUUGUGGCUUAUGCAAAACAUCAGGAUGUUAUAGACACUUUCAACGGAGAUGAUUACAAGCGCGAGUUUCCCGUUUACAGGCACUUGUUGCUGUGGACCUUUGUCAUUGGGAGACGCUACGUGAGAUCGAGGCAAAGAUCCAUCGUUAGUCUUAACGAGUUGUUCAAAUUUCGCUUACCGGAAGUAGUAAGCGAAAGUCUAUUAGAUUACAUCAGUGAUCGAGACGUUAGAAUGGUACAAAGGGCCUUGGCGAUUCUCCGUUAA